AGGCUUGGGCAGCAUUCUAGAGCCUGUGUAUAAAGCUUUCAGACUCUGUAACUGCCCACAUCUUUAAAGAGGAAUAGUCUGUGAAGGAAGACUUGUAAGCUGAAGAAGAGGUGACCAAAAACUGCAGUCGUUCCUAUUGAUUCGCAACCUAAGCAAGGGGGCCAGGAUGUCUUAAACUGAAGUGUGGCUGACUUGUUCUCCUCUUGCUUCUGCUAAACCUGUCAUUUACUCCAUCCUUUAUAGUGAUGCUACAGAACAGAGAGGAAUGGAUAAAAACAUUGGUGAGCAACUCAAUAAAGCUUAUGAAGCCUACCGACAGGCAUGCAUGGAUAGAGAUUCUGCAGUAAAAGAACUACAGCAAAAGCAGACUGAAAACUAUGAGCAGAGAAUACGUGAGCAACAGGAACAGCUGUCACUUCAACAAACUAUUAUUGACAAGCUAAAAUCACAAUUACUUCUUGUGAAUUCCAGUCGAGAUAACAGUUACAGCUGUAGUCCCCUGCUUGAAGACAGUGAAGCAAGGAAGAAUAAUUUGACCCUUGAUCAGCCACUUGAUAAAGUAAAAUCAGGAAUACCAAGAGAAAAAGAAUCAAAGAAGAAAAAAAAAAAGCCACCUCAUCAGCUUAAGCAAAUGUCUUCAUUGAAGCACGAUAGAAAGGAAUAUUUCCUAUCUGCAAGGAGACAGGAAAGAAGACAAGAGGUUUCUUCUCCUAGAAAAGAAACUUCACCAAAGAGUUUUGACAGUCCUGUAUUCCAUGAAAGGAGUUACAUAGAGAAGACUUUCUGGGAUCUGAAAGAAGAAUUUCAUAGAAUAUGCAUGCUAGCAAAAGCUCAAAAAGACCACUUAAGCAAACUUAAUGUCUCAGCCACUGCAGCUGGAACACAGUGCUCGGUGCCUAUACAGUGUACAGAUAAAGCAGAUAAACAAGAAGCGCUGUUUGAGCCUCAGGCUAACGAUGAUAUAAAUAGAAGUGCAUCCUGCAUCACAUCUGUCACACCAAGAGGACUGGGCCAAGAUGAAGAGGACACCUCUUUUGAAUCACUUUCUAAAUUCAAUGUCAAGUUUCCACCGAUGGACAGUGACUCUACUUUCUUGCAUAGCACUUCAGAAAGACCCAACGUCCUUGGUCCUGCUGCAUCUGAGGCUGUGUGCCAAGAUAAAUUCAAUAUAGAUAUCAGAGACGACCUGGGAAACUUUGUUAAAACAGAAGAAACUUUAUUUGAAAUUCAGAGAAUUGACCCCAUAGCCUCAGCUAUACAAAACCUUAAAACAACUGACAAUACAGAAUCCUCAAAUCUUGUAAACACUUGUAUCAGGACCACUCUGGAUAGAGCUCCGUGUUUGCCACCUGCAUUGUAUGUAAAUACAUUACCACUUGAGGACCUGUCUCAUACACCUUUUCCUUCACUUGAUUCCCCAGGAAAAGCUGUCCGAGGACCACAGCAGCCUGUUUGGAAGCCCUUUCCUAAUCAAGACAGUGACUUAUCAUCGGUACUAAGUCGCACAGGCUCAGAACUGCAUAUACCUCGAGUAUGUGAAUUCUGUCACGAAGUUCUCCCACCAUCCAUUACUUCCAUGGGGGAUUUCCUCCGGCAUCUUAAUUCACACUUUAAUUGAGGAGACUUAAGACGCAUUUGAAAACAGACAUGUCACUGUUCUAUGUGAUGAUUUGGGAUUUGUAAUACUGUAGAUACUUGAUUGCAAAGUUAGUUCAAGAUCAUUUAUUGAAAAAUCACAGAUAUUUGAAUUUUUUCUAAACUUAUAUUAUAACCCUCCUUUAUUAUCUUUUAAAAGAUCAAAUUGCCGUUGAUUGUGUUCAUGUUUACAGUGUUUAUUACCAUAAUUCACAAUUAUGUAUGUGACGUAACAGAAUUGUAUGACCAUAAUUUAUGUUUGUUUCAACUAUCUAAGCCUAGUGCUUGGAAUCCUAGUUAUAUCUAUUGAAUUUGGUGAUGUCAAAUGUUUCAUUUGUUUUCAUUAAAAUUUUUAAAUUA